GUGCGGGUUCCAGUAAAGUUGAGGCGGGCGCGGUUUUGACCGCGGCGGCUUUUCGGCUGUGCACUGGCUUCAGAUCCUCCAGGGCGCGGGCGGCUAACCUCGUUGGGGCUUCGUGGCCUCGGCUCAGCGCCCUGGCUGGGGUGGCACAUGGCUGGCCGCUCUACCACAGCGCGUUUUCACCAGGUAGCGCAUGGCGCGGCACUUUGCCCCCCGUAGCGGCUUAGCGGCGCGCCCAAUUGUUUCCUGUGUGUGGCUGGGCGCGCGCAUUUUGUUUUGGCUUUUUCUUCGUGGCCUCGUCUCCAGGAGUGGCCGUGGCGACUUAGCACUUUCUUAUGCUGAGGCCAGCGCCUCCAAUGUUUAUUCUUGUUAUAUCAAUUAUGCGUGAGGCUUUGGAUCGUGUUCGCCGAGUCGCCCGGAACACCGGAACCGGAUCUACCUGUGCCUUGCGGAGACGUUUUCUUUGCUGCCAGUCCGUCGCGUUGUUUAUUCUACUUCACUUGAGGGUCUCGGUCUCGCGCGCACUGCCUUUCCCUUAGAGAGUGACGAAGAUGCCGGAUCUGUUUGAUUGAAUUUGGGCGAGAUGCUCUUUUGGUGUGAGUUGUUAGAUGGCUGCUGAUUCAAGUCCCGACGUUUCUGUUUGAUUUCGAGGCGUCGCAGCUAGUUCACUAGUAAGUAUGCACAACAAAGGGCUUUGCUUUUUCCAAGAGUGGGGCGCAUGCGUUCAAGUUCCGCGACAGGGCCCCGAUCACGAGCAAAAACGAU